CCUGUAGGAAAACAGUAAUUUAAAACCUCCUUCUUCUCCGCCUCUUGGAGCUGACUUACGUUAAAUAUUAACAAACUUGGUUCAUCAAUUCCCUGGUUCACUUGGCUUCUUUUAACAACAGACGUUACUACAACAACUCUGUCUGCCUCCCUGCUUCUGUCAGCACAGCCAAUGGUGAAACCCAAGAAUCUGCAGUUGUAACUCUGCCUGCAGAGCCUGGCUGCUGCCCCAGUCCUAUAGUCAUCCCCAACUUUCUUCCUGAGAUCACAAAUGCAUCCCACCUUUGGCGUCUUUGAGUAGUUUGUACUGAGAGACACUUGUUGCAGAGAGGCUUUGGUUAAAGGAGACUGAGGAAAGGUGUGAGUGAGCCCACAGGAAGGUGAGUUCCUCUUGUCAGAGGAGGAAGCAGUGAGCAUGGCCAGCAACCCCAGUGCACUGCCCCGGGUAACCUUCCAGACACCGGAGAAACCUGGGGAGGAAUCAUCACACAGGAAACUGGGCAAGUUGACCAUAAAGUAUAACCGCAAAGACCUACAGCGCUGGCUAGACCUGGAGGAAUGGAUCAAUGCCCAACUGCAGGAGCUAUACCAAUGCCGGCUAAGGGAAGAAACAGAGACAGCAGCUCCUGAACCACAAAUUGAUCUUGAAGAUCUCCUGGAGGUCCCUAAUGAAGAACAGAAAUUAAAACUACAGGAAAUCCUCCAUGAGUGCUCCAGCCCUACAGAGGACUUCAUUACGGAAUUGCUUAGUCGAUUGAAAGGUCUCCGGAGAGUCACCAAUCCUCAGAAGAAAUGACCUUGCUCACAUGGAACACCCAGCUUUGGUCACAAGGAAACGUGUGUCUUCUCUACAAAAACCAGGAUCAGCAACAGCACUUCUGAAUAUGUUUAGGACUUAUUACUGAGAAACAUCACCAAGUUCGUGAACUUUGUACCAGUGGUUUGAAGUCUCCACUGCUUCCAGAUCUACACACAUAGCAGGCAGCUAGAGUGUACAUUUUCUUGAUUCUUAAAGAGCAUGUUAGCCUGGGGAACAGGACAAGGUGUCCUUCCUUUAGUUUCUUCUAGGAAUUUCCAUGCUGGCCAAGGAGUACUGAAUACAAUUCUCAGGAGCCCGUCGAGACUUCUUUUGUUCUGUCCGCUGCAAGGAAAACAAGGCAUUGGUUAUCACUCAGUCAUCAACAUGGAAAAUCAGUCACUGUUAAGCUGCACCCCAUUUCAGUCUGGCUGGGACCCAGCUGCGAUCUCCUGCCUGUUACCGCUGUACCUGACUCUACAGCAUUACACCUACUUUGUAAGUCUUAUUAAGCCUCUGUUAUUUAUGAAGGUUGGACAGAAAAUAUCCAGUAUGAUGGAAGGAAAAUGGUCAAGUGCACCUGGUCUUCUUAAGGGGAAGUUUGUGAAACAGCUGCUAAGGCUAAUGGAAGAGAUUUUCUUUUUUCUAAAAGGCUAAGAUUUAGUCUUUUUUCUAAGUCUUUUUUCUAUAAGACUUAAUGAUUUAGAAGUGUCUUCUAAAGGAGCAAGGUCUGGGAAUGAUUUAUCUCAUAAUUUAAAAAGAUGUUGUAAAAAUACUUAUUUUGUAUAUUAAAUCAGAGAAAACCAGCCGUGCAUUGCUUGCUUUUGUUCUCUCUUUAGGUACUAAAGAAAAACUGAAGUAAAAAAAUAUCUGCUCCCAAUUUCCCUUCAGGGAGCACCUCAGAGUGAGUCUUUUACAGACAAGGUAGGUCUCACAAAUGAGCAGUGAAGUAGGACACAUUGUCUUGCUGGACAAACUCUUUUGGCAACAACUAAUGUUUGUCUGGAAAAGUACAGAGGAAACUACAUCCAGCCUCUCAGCAGGUCAGUAAUUUGACACAUGUGACUAGGAAAUAAGGUAGCAAAUAGAGGCCGAUUGCUUAGGCAGAACACUCUGACAUUAUGCCUGCCCCUCCGCUCAUGCCUGCCACUCAAAACACAAGAGUUGCUGAGUCACAUCCAGAGGGGCUUCUAUGUACCAGUACAUUCAAGGCCAGCUUUUGAGUACAUGUUUUGUUUGUUUGUCAGACAGGGGCAGAAGGGACCAACUCUGGAACAGAAGGGACAUGCAGGUCAGCUAACAAACACAAACAAGAAUUCCUGGGCUGGACCAGUAAUAUCUUAAAUACAUUAGUCUUUCCAUCUUUAUCAGUAGCAGAGUGAUGACUAUUACCUUUUGCUUCCCUCCUAUUUUCCAGGUGUCAGUGAACAAGCUGUGGGCCCUGUCCUCUGAGAGGACAAAAUCCAAGCUGCAGUAACAACUGUGAUGUAAGGGCUUGCUUCCCUUCAAUGCUGUUCUUGUAGCUGACUGGCUCCUGGAAGUUUGCAAGCCAUGCAGAUCAUGUCUUGUUCUAAGGCUGCUCCAAGAUGCUCUAAGCCUUACCCACUAGGUUGGAGAAAUGGUCUUCCUUUAUCAGGGCCAAUAUAUAUCUAUGGUAGUCCUGGGAACAGGCCAUUUUUCACCUAGAAAGGGACUAAUAGGACAUGCCUGCCCUUCUGAAAUCUCAGCUUUGUAAGUAAAAUAACAACAAAAUUAAAUCCAGAGCUGCAACGGUUGUAGAUCUGGCACUGAUCGUGGAUUGACACCUGCUAAGACUCAAGAGAGUCGCUGAGACAGGAGAGCUGCACACGGACAAAAAAGCUCUGAGCAUGGUUAAAAACAGACUGGGAUCAAACAGAAGUUCAGGUAGAAGAUCUAGGUAGACAGGCCAUGAGCAGAGUGUCCUAUACUAGAGAUGUAACUGGUUACAUACAGUAGUACAUAGGAGUCCCGAUUACUUACACACCCUACCAAGAGGCUUUGUUUUACUCUGCUGAGCAGCAACAGCACAAAGACCUGACACGCCUCUCCUCUAGCCCAAAAGAGAUAUUCUUCUCUCCCCUGGGCAUUGUUCUAUAUUUCCUCAAUAUGGAGUAAUGCAAAGAAAAUUUUUGUCUAUGCAUUAAGGCACACAUUGUUAGAACCAA